ACAAUUCUUGAAACUUCAUUUCACUUGUAAUUACCAAUUAAAGUACAAACAAAAUUUUGAUAAGCAAAUCAAAAAUGUCAUCAAUGAUCAGAUUUCCUUCUUCCAUGUUUUCUUUACAUUCAUUUUCUUCCAUUAAAUCAUCAAUUUCACCUUUUUCUUCUGUUUUCAAUUUUAACAAUUCCAAGAAUUCCAUUUCUUUUAAUGUUAAUUACCCUUUUUUGAACUCUAAAAUUCCAAUGGAAAAUAGGAGUUUAUCAGUUUUAUCUGCUUCUAAAACCCAUGAUGGAGCUGUAAUUCAAGAUUCUUCUUUUCAGGGAAGUGAAUCAUUCUUUAGGAAUGUAUUGACAAACAUGGAAGCAGUAUAUCUGAAUAAAAACCCCACUGCUAAGGCCAUUUUGGAGCUUGUUCGUUCUGCUGAUGGUGAUCGAAUUUGCUAUGAUCAUUUUGCAUUUAGGACAUUUGGGGUAAAUGGCCAUGGCAUUGAUUCUAUGUCAAAAUUCUUCUUGGAUUUUGGUUACGAACAACGAGAAGAGCUGAGAUUCCCUGUUAAGAAGUUGAAGGCUUUCUGGUUUUCUCCACCGAAGGUUUCAACUUCAGAUCCUGGAAGUGGGGUUAAGGGGCCUUUACCAAGAAUAUUCAUAUCUGAACUUCUUGUCGAUCAGCUUAGUCCAGAAGCUCAGGAAAUAAUCAAAAAGUACACUGACAUCUCUCGCUGCGGAAAAGAGUAUGCUGCAAUUGCAAGUGCAUUUGGGAUUUUGACAUGGGAUAAACCCUCAUAUGCUGAAUUUCAACAACUGGCUAGGGAGAGCGAAUAUGCUGCCUGGACACUUGUAAAUGGAUAUGCAUUGAAUCAUGUUACCAUAUCUACCCAUCGGUUGACAUCAAAGCUGAGAAGCAUCGGAAAUCUUAAUCAAUUUAUUGAGGAAAAUGGUUUCAAUUUGAACUCUGAAGGGGGUAUCCUAAAGGUGAGCCCUGAUGGUCUUCUGUUGCAAAGUUCAACUGUAGCAGAUUCUACCUCUUUCGAAUUUUCAGACGGCAUUACAGAAGCAGUCCCUUGUUCAUACAUCGAAUUUGCUGAGCGACUUUUACUACCACAAUAUAAAGAUUUAUCUGCAGAAAAGGUUGAGGAGUUUCAUAGACGGGAAGGGUUUGAGGUUGGAAAUGCUGACAAGAUAUUCGAGAGUACAUCCAAGGAUCAGUUAACCCGUCGUGCUGCAUAAGAAAGAGCGCUAAGCGGUUGAAUAUUUUGACUGUGCGAGCUAAUUCUUUUGGUAUGUUCAGCUGGAAGACUACUCCAAGGUUAACUGUUGGAAGAUGAUAUGGUAGCUCUUAAGUGUAUUAUCUGAUCUUCUGUAACUAUCUAGAAGAAUUAAAUUGUUGUGUAAGACAUGUUUCUUGAGUCAUCACCUUUUUUACCAUCAUAAA